AUGCCACCAAAGCAGCCCGCUCCCAAAGCAUGGCCGUCAAGCAUUUUGUAUCUGACAGCGCCCAUCUACUCGCCAACAAUAACCAAAGACCACCUCACAGCGCUUCGAACGCAAGAUCCAACCCUCCCGUCAAUCAACACCACGAAAGGUCCUUCAAACCUUGUAAAAAUAACCCCAAUAUCAUCUCCGACCCAUCCAGCAAACGGCCAAUCCGGUCUCUUCGCCUCGAUGGAUCUCAAACCUGGAACAUUCAUCCUCCAAUACCUAGGUGAAAUCCACUGCUCUCCAGACCCUCGUCACUCAAAUCCAGAAGACAACAUUGCUGACACCCAUUCAACAUCCAACUACGAUCUCUCUCUCGACAGAGAACUAGGAAUCGGCGUUGAUGCCGAUAAAGCGGGCACGGAAGCAAGGUUCAUCAAUGAUUACCGAGGAGUUGCUGAGCGGCCGAAUGCUGAAUUUAAGGAGAUCUGGGACGAGAGGAGAGGGGAAAGGGGAAUGGGUGUUUUUGUUUUGCCAGAGGGAAGAAAGGGCAAGAAUAAGGGUAUUAGGAAGGGAGAGGAAAUCUUGGUUAGUUAUGGACGUGGCUUUUGGGGUGCGAGGAAGGACGAUGGCGAGUGA